UUUAAAACAAGAGAUGUCAUACAGAUAAAGAUUAAAGCUGGGGAAUCUCACCAAGGAUAAACGUUUUAUAUUGAAGGUCGAAAUAUCAGGGAGGCUCUACUGGAUUUUAUUACGGAAUAAAUCAUGAUCUCUAGAAGAGAAACUAAGGUGGUCAUCACUGCUGAGUUGACACAAAAUUUCAACCUAACAAGUACCCCAGAAUAUUGAAAGAAUAGAAUUUUGUGUUGGGAUCAUACUGUCACAAUGGCGCUGAGUAAGGCAGUUGACCCACAAUACAGAACCAGAUUCGCAAGAUUGAGCUUUGUCAUCCUCGAGGAAUUGACACCACUGUUGCAAGAUGUACUUGAAAAUGAAAUUCCGCCAAAUCAAAUAUCUCAUCGUGUUUCACGAGAAACGUCACUUUUCCAAAGGCUUAGACCGGAACAAAUAGUAUUAAUUCAAAAUGCUCAGACUGAUGGGUACAAAGACUUCGAUAUUACUCUUUUGUACAAAAUAUUGCGCAAUCUCAAAUGUCUAAAAGUCACAGCUCCAACACAAGGAUGGGGGACAUCACAGAUGCCAGGAAAUGGGGAGACAACUCUUGGUGAUGACAUUGAAAGAAUUCGUCUCAUAAGAAACAACAUAUAUGUACAUGUUGGUGUGCCAUCAUUGUCAGAAACAGAGUUCCAGGAACACUGGUCCAAUAUUUCUGGCAUUUGCAAAAGAAUGCAGAACUUGCUUGGCAAGAACUAUGUCCAAAGCCUGCAGACGGCUGAAGUACGUGCUAUUGACUUAGAGAUGGAAAACACGUACCUCGAGAAAAUCAAAAGUCUCUGUACUGCUGAGAAAAGUAUGAAAGAAGUAUUACAAGAGGUCAUCCAAGAUAGAGCUCUCUGUGUACAAGAAACUGUAAGGAUUGAAGCCAGAAAUUCACUAAAGAGGAAACAUGCCGAAACGUUAACUGACACGAGUAUUACCAUUCUGAACUACAUGAUGAAUAGCAUCAAUAAAUUGACAUCACACUCAGAAAUAGAACUCCUGUAUGAAUCAGUAGAGGAAUUCAUACGCGCAAACAAGAAAGGGAAACAAAGAUUUGACCUUGCCCAUUUUUUUUUCCAUUUUGUUAGUGAUUUGCGACAGAAAAUAACAGAUUAUGCUGAUUUGAAAGAAAACCGAAUGGAAAUUUUAGCAAACUUUCUCUUCUUUACCUUAAAGUUAAAGACAAAGUAUGGAACGGAUUUAGAAAGUGAAGUGGGGAGCAUACUGUUGAAGUUGACCUUUUCCUCAAAGACAGGUUAUGACCUCUACAUGCAGGAUUUGGAGAGAGGAGAUAUUGGGCAACUAAUCCUAUCUGUGUUGUUUUACCCUCCAUAUCUGGCCAGCUUUAAUCUAGAUGCUGAAGAUAUGAAGAUUUAUCUCAAUGAUAUUGAACUUACAGCAGAAAUCAAACAUGGCGACACAAUGAAGUCAGCAGAAGCUGUAUCGUCUCCUCCAGUCAAAUCACUGCUUGAUGAGCCGCACGUCACCGCCGCCAUAGACACUGGGUAUAGCAGACUAUUCAGUGUUAGCUGUCUGAGUGAAGAUCAAGUCUGGACACGCGGGAAGAACGAAACCAUGAAGCUGCUUAACCUCCAGAGUGAACUACUGACAUCAAUACAAACCAAGUCAGGGAACGCACCACGGGACAUAGCAGUGACACGGGACGGAGAUCUUGUUUAUACUGACUAUAAUGAUAACACCGUGAACUUAAUUAAGAAUAAACAGAUACAGACCGUGAUCACACUACAGGGGUGGGUACCUCUCUAUGUCUGCAGUACCACCUCUGGUGAUCUCCUGGUUACCAUGAUCAGUGAUGAUGGAGAACAAUCCAAAGUCGUGCGUUACUCCGGCUCCACAGAGAAACAAAGCAUUCAGUUUGAUGAUCAGGGUCGUCCUCUCUACUCAUCUGGUUAUAACGAUAAAUACCUCAGUGAGAACAGGAACCUGGAUAUAUGUGUGGCUGACCAGUCAGCUAGUGCAGUAGUGGUGGUCAAUCAGUCAGGAAAACUCCGAUUUAGAUACACUGGUCAUCCCUCUAAUACCGGGCAAUCAUUUACUCCAUACGGCAUCACUACAGACAGCCAGAGUCACAUCCUGACAGCAGACACUAACAAUCACCGUAUCCACAUCCUAGAUCAGGACGGACAGUUCCUCCGUUACAUUCACUGUGAUUUACGCUAUCCAUGGGGUUUAUGUGUGGACAUCAGAGACAACCUCUUUGUGGCUGAGCGGUUCACUGCUAAAGUGAAGAAAAUCCAAUAUCUAUAAACACAGUGUUAAUUAUACAGCUCUACAGCGUUAUUCAUAGAUCUAAAGACCUUGUUACUUACAUAGUUUAACACCUUGUUAAUUUGAGAUAUAAACACGGUGUUCAUUAAACAUACAAACAUUGUGCUAAAUACAACUAAACACAGGGUGUUAAUUACAGUAAUACACACCGUGUAAACUACAGAAGUGGUUAUGAAGCAAUUUCUGUGAUGUGGCUUUUGUGAUAAGACUCCAUUAAAUCAUCUGAUUCAGCAAAUCUGAGAUAAUUCACAACUUGUUAAAUUUAGUGUAACCAUAGUAACACAAUGUAUAUGUUAUAUAUACAAGUACAGUAGUGUGUUGUGUAACCAUAGUAACAAAGUGUGUAACAUUUAUAAGCAGUACUGGGAUGUGUCCAAGAUCGUAGCGGCUAGCCCAGGGGCUAGGUCUGGCUGUUGGUUUGUGCCAUUCUACACUUUAUCGUCUUUUUGUUAUUUCGAGGUGAAAAUACAACAAAAUGAUAUUUAGCGACUUUUCGUCUCGAAAUAACGUAAAGACAACAAAAUAAUACUAGCUAUUUUCGCCUCAAACUAGGGGAAAGACAACACAUUGUAAAAUAGCACAAAUCAGCCAUCAUACCUAGUCCCUAGGCUAACAGUGACGAUCUCAAACGCAGUCCCAUACUUAUAGUGUGGUGUAUUGCCAUAGGAACAAAAUGUGUGACACUUAUAAUUAGGUAUGUAGAUAUUAAGAAGUACUUACUUUUAGACAUGAAGCGAGUGAGUAACCUUGUGUCAGCGUCAUUCUCUUUGUCUUUAUGAACUUCAAAAUCCUAAAUAUAAAACAAUAUA